AUGGCUACCAAUGAUUCAAACCGGGUCGGGUUAGUAAUAUCCACCGCCGAAUCAAUUAGGGUUUUCCUCUCUGGAGCCUCUCAAGACCCUAAUCUCUCCCACCACCUCCGACACACAUCCGCUGAUCUUCUCUCCCAAUCUGAGCUUUCCUACGAGCCUCUCCGCUCUGUCUGGAUGGCCUCUGAUCCAUCCACCCGACCCGAAUUGACCCAACUCUUCUCCGGCACGCGAUUCAUCUUCUCUAGCCCGAAGCCCAGGCAGAAGAGUGAAGAAUUGAAGUCAAGGCUGAAAAAGUUGCAAGACUUGGCUGAAAGGAAAGCUUAUCAAGAGCUAGUGAAGGACAUUGCACCAAAGAAGGAAGUUGAGGAACCAUUCUCUUCUUACAAGGACCAGUUAGGAUUCGGAUUACAUGUGGUUGUUACCAUGUUUACCGGCUAUCUUGUUGGUUAUGCUGCAUUUAGAGCAUUGUUUAAUCACAGUCCUGCCAUGAAUGCUGCUGGAGGAAUUCUUGGGUUAGUGGUGGCCAUGCUUGUUGAGACUUUCCUUUUCAUUAUUAGAAGUUCCAAUCUGGAUGCCAGUAAAACAAGGUCCAGUCAAACACCGAAAUCAGCCUUUUCCGCAUCCAGUCUCAAGAAAAACCAGUAG